AUGCAAAAUUUGAAAUUCAUUAAUAAUGAACUUGAAUCCUAACUUAAAGCUUUACAUCUUGAAACUAGAUAACUUAAAUAAGAAAUCAUUAAGAUCAAUCAACUAAAUGCUCAACUGAAAGAAUAAUUGCAUCAAAACACUAUUGCUUCUGAUAUUGAUGAUUAAUACAAACAAACACUCAUUGAAAAUAAAAUGCUUAAAAAAGAAUUAGACUUUUUGUAUAAUAAAUUAGUAAUUAUCAUUUAGUCAAUUACAACAAUAAUCUAAAAUUGAUUCUAUGGCAUCUAAACCAUCAUAUUAAUAACUAGAAAAAGAGCUAGAUGAUUUACAAAAUUUUUUUAAAAAAUACUACAAUCUCCAAGAAAUGUAUUACAAAAUAUCAUACUUAUGUAGACUAUUGAAUUAGAUUCCCAUACAAUUACUCAAAGAAUGUUGGCAAGCCAUUAAUUAAACUUUUAAAUCACAUUUUAAUGCUCAUUAAACUAUUUAAAAUAUUCAAGAAGAGGUUUCCCUCCUUGAAUAAGAUUACAAAUAAAUUUUGCAUGCAAAUAAAGAAAAUGAUUCAGAAAUCUAAUAUUAAGCUAAAUGUAAAUAUUCAAUAUUAAUAAGAAAAUAUUAUUGUUGAAAGAAGAGUGGAAAUAGAAAAAUGUAGAAAAGAAAUAUAAAUGAAAUAAUUUGAAACUAAAAAAAUGGAAUAGGAGUUAGAUGAAUUAUAAAAAGAAUUUGCUUAUAUUUGUAAAAUUGAACAUAGAAGAUAUAAUUAAUAAAUAGAAAUAGAAAAAUAAUUAGUUUAAGUGAGAUAGAAAACAACUUAGCCUGUGAUUGAAUAAAAAGCCUCCGUUUUACCUAUGCAAAGAAGUAGAUAACAUUCUGAUUACUUCCGACCACAUUAAAUAUCUAUCGACUCCUAAUAAUCUACCAAGCCUUAAAUUUUUAGAGCACCUAAACAUAGUAUAGUACAACAAGAAUCUGAAAAAACUAAUUUAGAAAAAACAAUAGAUUAAACUAGAUAAAAGCUGAGUAGACAAUUAAGUUUAGCUUCAAACCUACGAGAAUCCACAAAAUGAC